CUUUUAAAAUGGCUUCUUUUUUUCUUCUCUUUGUCUCGUUAGGCUGUGCUUUAAUAGGGGUCCAGCUCCAGCUAGCUAAGCCCAUUAUUGUUUGUUUAUAGCUAAUAACGAGGCACUGAUAUGACCGUCCCACAGCUGGCUAUAGAUAGAUAGAUAGAGAGAUACGGCUAGCUCUGUUAGCUAAUACAGUGUUAGCUCAUUAGCCACACAGCUUCUUCAGUCGGUUGCUUGUUUCCCAGAACUGAAGUUGAAGAGGAAGCCGCCGCGGCUGCGACUCAUGUGCUAUAUACGGUAGGAGGUUAGCUUUUGACGCCACACACUCAGGGUAAUGAUGUCUCGGCUCGGUCAGGGCGGCUUUCUGAAGCGUUGAAGGAGGAGGAGGACCGAGUGACCGCGGGAGGCGAGAGGAGCCAGGGCCGCCGCCGCCGCGCACAGCCGCUGAAAUGAGAUGAGGCUCAGAAAUGGAACUGUUGCCACUGCCCUCAUCUUCUUCACUUCGUUUCUCAGUCUGUCCUGGUACACCGCCUGGCAGAACGGAAAGGAGAAGUUGGUAGCAUAUCAGCGGGAGUUUCAUGCUCUGCGAGAGCGCCUGCGUGCAGCUGAGCAUCGAACACUGCAGCGCUCUUCUGAGCUCAACACUGUUCUGGAACAGUUUCGACGUGCCAUCGCAGAGACCAACGGCAGCAGGGAUGCCCUCACCAACUUCUCAGAUGAAACCCAGAAACUGUUGAAGGACCUGGCACACAGGAAGCCUCUCCAAGUGCCAAAUAUCUUCCACCACUUGCCACACCUGAUAAACAAUGAGGGCGGCCUGCACCCUGCAGUGCAGGUGGGCCAGGGACGCACAGGAGUUUCUGUGGUGAUGGGGAUUCCUACUGUGAAGCGAAAAGUGAAGUCGUAUCUGGCAGAAACGUUGCAUUCGCUCAUCGACAAACUUUCACCUGAAGAGAAGCUUGACUGCGUAAUCAUCGUUUUUAUAGGGGAGACGGAUAUGGAUCAUGUGCAUAGUGUGGUCUCAGGCCUUGAGAAAGAAUUUUCUGUAGAGCUGAAUUCAGGGCUGUUGGAAGUCAUCUCUCCGCCUGCAAGUUACUAUCCAGAUCUCAACAACAUUAAAGAGACCUUUGGGGACUCUAAAGAGCGAGUAAAAUGGAGAACAAAGCAGAACUUGGACUAUUCAUUCCUCAUGAUGUAUGCAGUCAGCAGAGGAGUUUAUUAUGUCCAGUUAGAAGAUGAUAUUGUUGCAAAGCCCAACUACUUUGCCACUAUGAAGAACUUUGCCCUGCAGCUGGCCUCUGAAGAUUGGAUGAUCCUAGAGUUCUCCCAGCUAGGUUUUAUUGGUAAGAUGUUCCAGGCUCCUGAUCUGAAUCUUAUAGUAGAGUUCAUAUUCAUGUUCUACAAGGAGAAGCCUAUUGACUGGUUGUUGGACCACAUUCUCUGGGUAAAAGUUUGCAACCCUGAGAAAGAUGCUAAACACUGUGAGAGACAGAAGUCCAGUCUGCGGAUUCGCUUCAGACCAUCUUUAUUCCAGCAUGUGGGCCUGCACUCUUCGCUUGCAGGAAAAAUUCAGAAACUCACGGACAAGGACUUCCUGAAGCCACUGCUGCAUAAGAUCCAUGUUAAUCCACCAGCAGAAGUGUCCACCUCUCUUAAGGUAUAUCAGGGCCACACACUGGAGAAGACCUAUAUGGGAGAGGAUUUCUUCUGGGCCAUUACCCCCAUGGCAGGAGACUAUGUGCUCUUUAAGUUUGACCGUCCAGUCAGCAUAGAACGAUUCCUGUUCCGCAGUGGAAAUCAAGAGCACCCAGGGGAUAAAAUCGAGAACACCACAGUUGAAAUUCUGCCAUUCUCGGACACAGAACUGAAGACCAAAGAGAAGUACAAACAAACAGAUGAUCAUUUUUACAGAAUUGCUGAGUUUGAGAAUGGAGUGGCUGAGGGCAAAGUGGAUGCUGCCCUUAACCCAGUCGCUGCUGUGCGUCUGACUGUUCAGAAGGAUUCUGCGGUGUGGGCUAUUGUCAGUGAGAUCCACAUAAAGAGACUUGCCGGAUAGCUGUAUGUAGGUCUUCACCAUUCACACUCCAAGGAGGCCAUGUUGUGCUGUAAAGGCCCUUGCAGGGAUUUUAACAGUGAUGUUGUCAAAGCGCAUGGACGCUACCAAUCACUGUCACUUUAAGGAUUGCUGGCUUACCCUCUCUUCAUCCCUUUAUAAUUCUCUCUUCAUACUUCUCCUGUUUUUUUUUUUCUUUAGCCAUUCUUUUUUUCUUCAGACUAUACUUUCAUGCUUUUUGUUUAAGGACUUUAAACAUUUUGUCAAGACACUUCCUUCGUUUCUGCUUUUCGAUGUGAAUACUACUGUAUAAAAGGCGCUUUCUGAGGGAGAUAAAGUAUACACUGAAGUUUCAGCCUUGAGGAAUUCUGUUUAGUGCUGUAUUUAAUAAAAGGUUGGUGUUUGUAGGCUUGUUGGCUGACACUAAAGAGAAGGUGGUGCUUCUCACUGAAGAAUAUUACAAGUACUGACUCCUCAUGGACACUCCGUUCACGAUCAGUAAAAGAGUAGGAUGAAACAAGGCAAAAAUAUUUUGGUGUAUUUUGUUUUACUUAAAAUUUUUUUAACAUUGGUAUAUAUUUUACACAAAGUUGUCAGGAUGCAAAAAGAAGAUUUUUCUAUUUAAAAAAUGAUGUUUUUCACUUCUUGAGUUUAACAGUACAGAGAUGGGGAACUCUGUUCAAGCAUAUUUCAUUAUGUUCAGGAAACAGUUUGUUGCAAUGACUACUUUGCCAAAAUGGUUGUUAAAGAAAUUUGUAAAGAACAGAAACUAUAGUGCAGAUCUCCUGUUUAAAAGGAUGGUCUGCCCACCCUUUGUCCUUUGAUAUAAACCAAUCAACAAUUGCCUUUCAUAGGAAGGGACACUCUUAUUUUGACGAACUAUAAAGGUGAUUUAACUUAUUUGAAAUAAAUGUUUAAUUUGUACAAGA